AUGUCUGAUUUAGGUUUUGACCCAUCAUUAAAGAAGAAGAAGAAAGUCAAGAAGCCAGUCGAUGGCGCAUCGCCUGCACCAGAAAGCAGUGAGUCAACACCAGCAGCCACUGAUUCCGUUGAUGACCUAUUUUCGGGAAUGAAGAAGAAGAAAAAGUCCUCAUCCUCCAAAAAGACGGAAGGAUCAGUCGAAAAGUCUAGCUCACCAAGUGCAGAAGCCGAUGUCACUGCUACAUUGGGUGACUUGACCUUGAAGAAGAAGAAAAAGAAGAGUACCAAGAACUUGGACUUGAAUGAAUUCGAACAACAAUUGGAAGAAGCAGGAAUUGAAGACACAACUAAUGAGCAAGCAGAUGAUGCUUUAAAUGGAAGCAAGUUGGCUCAAACCGAUGCCGGCUUAUCAUACGAUGAAUUAUUAUCGCGUUUCUUUGAAAUUUUAAAAGAAAACAAUCCUGAACUUGCUGGAGACAGAUCGGGUCCUAAAUUCAGAAUCCCACCACCAGUAUGCCAAAGAGAAGGUUCGAAAAAGACCAUGUUUGCCAAUGUGCAAGAAAUUGCCACCGUUUUACAAAGAAACCCUGAGCACUUGAUACAAUUUUUGUUCGCCGAAUUGGGUACUUCUGGUUCUAUUGAUGGUGAAAAGAGGUUGAUAUUAAAAGGUAAGUUUCAACCAAAACAAAUGGAGAGUGUGUUGAGAAGAUACAUUAUUGAAUACGUGACAUGUAAGACAUGCAAGAGUAUGAACACCGAAUUGAAGAGAGAGAGUGCCAAUAGAUUGCAUUUCUUGAGCUGUAAGGCAUGUGGUUCCACCAGAUCAGUAUCUUCUAUAAAGACUGGUUUCCAAGCCCAAAUCGGAAGAAGAAAGAAGUUUUAA